GAGGCCGCCGCCGCCAUCUCCGGCUGUCCCCGCCCCGAUCGCGGCCGGGAGGGGAGCGGGCGGGCCGGGCAGCCGGGCCAGGCAGCCGGGCUGGCCGUGGGACGAUGAGGAGCCGGAGCAACUCGGGGGUGCGCCUGGACGGCUACGCCCGCCUGGUCCAGCGGACCAUCCUCUGCCACCAGAAUCCAGUUACAGGGCUGCUUUCAGCUGGUGCAGACCACAAAGAUGCCUGGGUUCGGGACAACGUCUACAGCAUCCUGGCCGUGUGGGGGCUGGGAAUGGCUUAUCGGAAGAAUGCGGACCGGGACGAGGAUAAGGCCAAAGCCUACGAGCUCGAGCAGAAUGUUGUGAAGCUGAUGCGGGGACUCUUGCAGUGCAUGAUGAGACAGGUAGAUAAGGUAGAGAGGUUCAAACGCACACAGAGUACCAAAGACUGCCUCCAUGCCAAGUAUAACUCUGCAACUUGUGCCACAGUGGUUGGGGACGACCAGUGGGGGCAUCUGCAAGUGGAUGCAACUUCCCUUUACCUGCUCUUCUUGGCACAGAUGACUGCAUCAGGCUUACGUAUCAUCUUCACCCUCGACGAAGUUACCUUUAUUCAGAAUCUUGUCUUCUACAUAGAAGCUGCCUACAAAGUUGCUGAUUAUGGAAUUUGGGAACGUGGUGAUAAGACAAACCAGGGCAUCCCUGAACUGAACGCAAGCUCCGUAGGGAUGGCCAAAGCUGCUUUGGAAGCAAUUGAUGAACUAGAUCUUUUUGGAGCUCAUGGAGGACACAAAUCAGUGAUUCAUGUUCUUCCUGAUGAAGUAGAACACUGUCAGUCUAUUCUAUACUCCAUGUUGCCAAGGGCAUCCACGUCAAAGGAGAUAGAUGCUGGCCUUCUCUCUAUUAUUUCUUACCCAGCUUUUGCAGUGGAGGAUCUAAACCUUGUUAAUGUAACCAAGAGUGAAAUCAUAUCCAAAUUGCAGGGCCGCUAUGGCUGCUGUCGCUUUCUCCGAGAUGGUUACAAGACACCUAGAGAGGAUCCAAGUAGGCUACACUAUGAUCCUGCUGAGCUCAAGCUCUUUGAGAAUAUUGAAUGUGAGUGGCCAGUAUUCUGGACAUACUUCCUAAUUGAUGGAAUAUUUAAUGAGGACAAAAUUCAGGUACAAGAGUACAGAGAGGCUCUGGAAGGAAUACUUAUUAGAGAGAAGAAUGGAUUAGUGCUAAUGCCUGAACUGUAUGCAGUCCCUCCAGACAAGGUGGAUGAGGAGUAUGAAAAUCCUCACUCAGUGGAUCGUGUCCCAGUGGGAAAGUUGCCACAUCUUUGGGGCCAAUCAUUGUAUGUCCUGAGCUGCCUGUUAGCAGAGGGAUUUCUUGCUGCAGGUGAAAUUGAUCCCUUAAACAGGAGAUUUUCCACUGGAUUUAAACCUGAUGUUGUGGUACAAGUAACUGUUUUAGCAGAAUCUAAUCAUAUUAAGAACCUCUUGCAAGACCGUGGAAUCAAUGUCCAGAGCAUUGCUGAUAUCCAUCCUCUCAGAGUGCAGCCAGCUCGCAUCCUGAGUAACCUCUACACCAUGCUGGGCCGGAAUAAGAAGAUGAAAUUAAGUGGACGGCCACACCGACACAUUGGAGUGUUAGGCACCUCCAAGCUGUAUGUGAUAAGAAAUCAAAUAUUUGCUUUUACCCCACAGUUUGCUGACCAGCAUCACUUCUAUCUGGCUCUAGACAAUCAGAUGAUUGUGGAGAUGCUCAAGACAGAGCUGGCUUACCUCACUUCUUGUUGGAGGAUGACAGGGAGACCAACCCUGACGUUUCCCAUCACUCACACAAUGCUUGUUGAUGAUGGUACUGACAUUCAUCCAGCAGUUCUUGCCACAAUAAGAAAAUUAGAGGAUGGUUAUUUUGGAGGUGCAAGGGUGAAGAUAGGCAAACUAUCAGAAUUUCUCACCACAUCUUUUCAUACAUAUCUGAGCUUCCUGGAUCCAGACUGUGAUGUAAAAUUGUUUGAUGACCGUAAUGAAGACUGUAAUAGUCCUGACAGUGAAUAUGGGGACUAUCCAGCAGAUUUCUGUGAAAAAGAUAGCCAGGAUGAGCUGGAUCAGUAUAUAAAUGAUGUCCUGCAGAGUACGGCACUGAAGUCAUACCUGCCUCCAACUUCAAAGACAGCCAAUCAACCACCAGUGUUCAGUGCAAACCAUUCCACCGAAGAGAUACUGUCAAUAAUGGCCAAGACAAAGGGCUUGGAGGUUCCAGCUGUGCCAAUGUCUCUUCCCACUAAAGUUCUGAACACACACCGAAAAUCUCUGAAUCUUGUUGAUAAUCCCCAUUUCUUUCAGACAAAGGACCGUGAAAAUGUCUUGCACUUACCUAAAGAUGCUCAUGGUGAUUUGGAUUGCAGGAAGCUUGUUGAUCAGCUGAAGGAAUGUCCAACACUCCAUGACCAAGCAGACAUCUUAUAUAUCUUGCAUAUACUAAAAGGUGCUGACUGGGACACAGAGCUGGAUGGACAGUAUGGUGUCACUGUUCAUUGCCUACUCAACGAGCUCUACAGAAAGGCAGGCCUCAAUCAAGAAUGGGGCUUAAUCCGCUAUAUUUCUGGUAUACUCAAAAAGAGAGUGGAAGUCCUGGCUGAGGCAUGCACAGACCUUCUGUCGCACCACAAGCAACUGACAGUGGGCCUGCCACCAGAACCCCGAGAGAAAAUCAUUACCACCCCACUGCCACCUGAGGAGCUCACAGAUCUCAUUUAUGAAGCCAGUGGCCAAGACAUCAGUAUUGCAGUCCUGACACAGGAAAUAAUUAUGUACUUGGCAAUGUACGUCCGGUCCCAGCCUAGUCUUUUUGUGGAGAUGCUCAGGCUCCGCAUUGGUCUGAUAAUCCAGGUGAUGGCCACUGAGCUGGCUCGGAGUCUGAAAUGCUCAGGUGAAGAAGCUUCAGAGAGUUUGAUGAAUCUAAGCCCCUUUGAUAUGAAAAGUCUCCUACAUCAUAUUCUCAGUGGGAAAGAGUUUGGAGUGGAAAGAAGCUUGCGACCUGUAGAUUCCUCUUCAUCUAGCCCUGCGAUUUCUAUUCGUGAAAUGGGGCAUUCUGGAGCAACCAAAACAGAAAGAAGUGGUAUUACUAAAUUGAAGAGUGAGAUGAAGCAGUUCUUUCAUGAGGGGCACUCCGUGUCCAGCAGCAUGUUCACUUCCACGAGGAGCAGCACUCCAUCAUCUCCCACCAGUACUUCUCCUACUGGCUCCAGUGCAGACAUGAGCUGGGGUGACCGAAAGGGGCAGUGGCUGCGCAGAAGGAGGCUUGAUGGUGCUAUUAACAGAGUUCCUGUUGGCUUUUAUGAGAAAGUGUGGAAAAUCCUUCAGAAGUGCCAUGGUCUGUCCAUUGAUGGGUAUGUCCUUCCUUCUUCAACCACCAGAGAGAUGACCCCGUGCGAAAUCAAGUUUGCUGUGCACGUGGAGUCGGUGCUGAACCACGUCCCCCAGCCUGAGUACAGGCAGCUCCUGGUGGAAGCUAUUCUGGUCCUCACGUUCCUCUCUGACAUCGAGGUGAACAGCAUCGGGGGCAUCAUCCACGUGGACCGAAUCGUGCACAUGGCCAAUGACCUGUUUCUGCAGGAGCUGAAAUCAUUUGGAGCUACUGGCAGUAUCUUGGAGAAGGACAUAGCCACAGGAAUUUGCCACUUUUUUUAUGAUAGUGCUCCAAGCGGGGCCUAUGGCACCAUGACAUACCUAACAAAAGCCAUAAUUAUUUAUUUACAUGAUUUCCUGCCUAGCACAGGCUGUGCCAUGCAGUAAGUGCGGGAGGGAAGGCUCAGAAGCUCUUUCUCCCCAUUUCCCUGUUGUGAACCUCGUGGUUACUUGCUACCUGUGUGUGUGCCGUGCACUACCUCAGCAUUGGACACUGGUGCAUGCUCUGUGCUUGCCCUACCUAUGGAGGACAGGGAGCUGGAAUUUGGCCCAGUUUUAGGAGAGUGUGAAAGAAAUAACAAAUAAUGAGGCUUAUUCUGCCCAAAGUGCAUAAAUGUAAUUCAUAGUAAAUUAGAAAGAAUUAUACAGUUCUGCCAAGGGGAAAACAAAUUAUUCUGUGGAGAUCAAAAGGCAUAAUAAAACAAGGGAGCUGUAUCUCGGGCAUAGAGUCUCCCAAAUAAGGGAAGUGAUGGAAUUCAUUAAUUUUUCUCCUGCUGUGUGUAAAUGUACAUCAUUGUGAAUCACUAAUGGACAAUGUGAAACAUCCAGGGAAAUGUAAAUUAGAGGCAUAGGAAUAACUUGAAAUAACCCAGUGAUAUUUCUCAUACACGUUUAUCCUGGAUCUCUUCUCAAUUGCAAUAUCCACUAAUUUGAGAGGAUAGCCUCUGUCAGGAAACUGCAUCUGUCUUUAAUCUGAACAAGACAGCUUCCUUCCCUGCCUCCCUGAGGCUUUGGAGGCAAAAUCUGAAGAUUCCAGCUUCUCCAAGGUGACAGACACUUUUAUGCCUGUAAUCCUUUCCUCUGAAUGGAGCAAGAUAAACCACUUCCACUCAAGCACCCUUUCCAAGUCUCCCAAUUGUUUCCCUUGCAAACAGCCUCAGAGUUAAGAAUGGCAUAAUUGUGGCCCUUCCAGCACAGUGUGAGUUUAUGGAAGGCUUUGAUGUUUCUCUUUUUUUUCCUUUCCCAUUUUUUUUUUUAAUUUUUCUUUUUAGUUUGAAGCUGCACUGGUCACAUAUAGUAAGAGUUUGGGCUGCCUGGAAGUCUCCCUUCAGACAGUUCCCACGUUAGUGCUGGCACCUUGAAUCCGUCCACUGGAAACUCUGAGCUGCUGCAGGGAGAACAGGUGUGUCCUGCAGGGCAAUGGUCCCAUGGCCACUGAAACUGAAAACAGCAGUAGGCAGCCUCUGGAGAGGAAAACCCUGCUGUACCCCAGGCAGGAUUUUCCUUGUGCUGACACUGUUGGCUUUGUCAAUAGCCACGUGCCAGCAUCUGGCUGACAGCUUAGGAAUAUGGCAGUAGCUUUAGCCUCUCCAUGGCCACAGGCUCCCCCAGCAGUGUGGAGGUGUGCCAGCACUGCUGCCACGUGAGCAGGAGGGAUCAGAGCAAUUCUGUCUUGCCUGAUAGAGGGGAAAAGAGCAGACAGGCCUGUAAAAUUUUCUGAGCUAAUAAGCCUGAUUAAGUAUAUUUCUGUGAGCCUCCCCUCCACUCUUUGAAAAAUACCGUUUGUAUAGGAUUUGAAAACUUUUUUUUUUGGUAACAGUGGUAGUGGUGCUUUUGAGAGUGAGCUUUUUGUUUCCAGUUUUAUACAGGUAUCUGAAAGACCUUGACAAAAUGACAACACCCUGUCUCACUUGCCAGUUGUCAGCACUCAUGGUCCCAAGGAGGCUGAGCCCCUGAUGGCCGUGCCACCCUGCCUGCUGUCCCUCUACACACUCGGUGCUGCUGUAGCAAUGUCUGGGCACUGCCUCAAGACAGCGAAGGCAUGGGAGGCCUUAGGAGGUGAUUUAUUGUUUUUGCAGAGACCAGAGGAGUUUGGCAGUCCAGAGGCCCAGGAACCCUUGGAUUGGGUGCUCCAGAGACACCCUGUGUUAACCACCAUGAGAACUAUGGGCCUGUGGAGUGGCCAGCAUAAAGUGACAGUUCAGGUGCAAUUACCACUUGGAUGUGGAAGUCAUUUUAUUGGCAUGGUGCCUGUUUUGUAGGGGUUUGCCUUCAUUAUGGUUUGGUUUGGAUUUUUUUCCUUUUCAUAUGUAUUGUGAGAGCUUACUUGGCUUGUUUCCCAGUAAAUGAAAGUAAAAUCCUUUGUCUAGUUUAAGCAGAUGUGACAGCGCAGAGCGUGAGCACACAAGAGCUGGUGUGAUGGUUUCUUGUUCUACCCAGUAUCACAUGAAAAUUUACUACUAGCUGUUAUUUUUGCUUUUGUUUUUGAAUCCUAGAUUGUGAGAGAUGCAAGAUGAUUUUCAUUCAGACUCUUAAUUUUAUUUUAUUUUUUAACCUACAGCGUGAUCUUGUUUUCAGAAACAAGAAGGGUGAUGUAGUUGGUUUUACAUUAAGCUGCCUUGAAGUCUAAAACAAUGAAACGUAUGGCCUAACAUACCUGGUCACCUCUUAACACUUCUUUUUUUAAUGGCAGUGUCAUUGGUGUCUUUAGCAUGAAAUUCACAGUAUGAACCAGGUUAUGGUAUAUUUAUGAUUAUCAUGAGUUACCACAUGAAAUGCAGGCACUUGGAAAGUAUUUAUGUGGUAAUUUGAAGAGUUUAGGUAGCUGAUGGUGAAAGCUGGGACUCUGAAACACACAGCUAAGGGAAGGGAAACUCGUGUUAUUUCCAGAUCAGGCACAGCUUCAGCGUGCAGCUCAUUCCACUUGGAGAGCUGCAUUGUAGUGCAAACCUAAUUAAGCAAAUAAGGUUUUACACAGACCCCCUGCUUUGCUGAGGAUUCCUGGUGUGUGUUAGGCUGCUGCAAAGCAGAGCUGGCACUGGCAGUGAUGAGGGUGUGCUCACAGAUAAAAUACAUGACGACUUUGCAAUUUGUGUAGGGCUGAGCUAAUUGGCAGAGGCUCAACUUGGCCGUGUGGCUUCCCUGGGGAGCCAGCAAAGGGUGACACUGCCAGCUUGCAGUCCCUGGAAACGCAUUUAUGGAAAGAAAGCAAAGGUGAACAGACACAUCCUGUGCCUCAGAAACAAGGGCAUUAGUGAAUUAAAAUAGACCACCUGAGAGCUGCUUGUCCCAGCCUGACAGGCACUGCUGCCCUAAGAACUUUGCAGCUGUGGGGUCAGAAGCACCUAUGCAGUGCUGGAGGCAGCCAGAUGUGCCUGGAGAGAGGAAUGGGGCUGGGUGGGCCCAUUGGCCAGAACGAUGAUGAGUGUCCAGCUCAGAGCUCAUACCACAUGCUGGCUCCAAACCAGCUCCUCCAGGCCAGUGCCCUCCCUGCUCCCUGAUCAUGGCUGUUUCCUUCUCCCUGCUGCCGAGUGAAGGACACGGGUUUGCCUAACUAGACAGAUCAAAAGCACCUUUGAUCUCCCUCAGCUGCUGGUCCCACAGGUAAAUGUGAAAACUUAAUGGGUGGAGUACAAAGUUUGCCUGGCUUCUCUCCUGCUAAUUGUAGUUUCCUUCCUUAGGGAAAGAGCCCUGCUUGUUUCUGGAAGGUGCAGGUGAGCUGCACAGUCCCUAGCUGCCCUAUAAAGGUGUGGCCACUUUCUGUGGUGAGUGGUGAAACACCUGGGCUGCCCCCUGCGGGCACGGGGCACUGCAGGACUGUGUCACCCCUCCAGCAGCAGCCAGGGGCUUGAGUGAAGCCAGAGCCUGGGUCAGUCCAGGUGCAACCUUGGGCACUUUGUUAUUGUCCACAGUUAGGAGCAGAGUUGCCCAUUAAGCAGGAGAGAGAUGCCACCAGUAGUGGCAUCUGUAGCUGUAGGGUGAGAGUUUGGGCACUCAUCUGCAGAUUGAUUCAGUCCCUGCUCAAAGAACCAGUCACAUCUGCAAUAUUAAGUGGCCACUGCAUAGAAUUGUGAUUAAAAGGGAUUGGGAGUGGGGUUAUAGAAGAGCUUCAGCUCAAAUGGUUUUGAUUUAAGUACAAGCAGCAGGGCUUUUUCCCACUCCCAGUUUCAGUCUCGAGUGGAAUUUAUUCCUGGCGUUAGAUGUUUCACAGUUACUCCUCUGCCACCCCCCCUUCUUCUGUCAGGGGUAAGGGGGCUCUUGUGUGCUGCCAGCAGCUGACAGGACAGGGGCUUUCUUUUUUGGCUCAGUAAUUCAGCUCCUCUCAUACUUCAGUGCUGCAUCCCCAAAAGCCUCUUACUGCCUGCCAAGUGCAGCACUGCACUGUGUCUGUACCAUGGCAUCCCCUCUCAUGAAGUGAUCCCUCAAGGCAAGUCCCCUUCAACUUUAUGUCAUCUUCAGGAAUGUGUCAUUAGAGGGGGACAUCUAAACUGACGCUGUCAGUCAUGUUUCAGAGCUCCUGUGCCUUGCUGCACACCCUGGCUUUGUCCUCCUUACUGGGAUGGGUGGCAAAGGAGGACUCCAGAGCUGCACCAUCCCAUUCCACCUUGUCACUUUGCACCUACAGCAUGGAAACCAACAGUGGGAAGCAAGAGCCCACAACACACUGUGGUGUUUGUCCAUCUUAAGUGGAGCCUUUUUGUCACUCCACUGGAAUAAGGUGGGACUGAUCAUCACAGUGCAUAGACCAGCAUAACUGCAUGCCAGAAACAGACAUUAAGUAUUACCAAUGCCAUUAACAUUUUAUUGUAAAUUUUGUUGGCACUAUUAAAGAUUUUUCUUUUCCCCUCCCCCAAGGCAAUAGAA